AUGGAAAAGGAAGUAACAUUCAAACAGAAGUACCUCCAAAAAGGGCAUACGCAAAUGGAGUGCGAUGGUAUGCACUCGGUCAUAGAAAGAGCGUUAAAAAAUAAAAAGAUAAAUAUUCCGGCCAACUAUGUUUACAUAGCCAAAACUGCUUGCAAGAAAAAUCCCUAUGACGUACAGUAUCUCUAUCACCACUUCUUUAAAGAUGUUGAACAUACUUUGAAGUUCUACAAAUCAAUCAGACCUAGAAAAAGAACAGGUGACCCUACAGUCACAAACAUAAGGGCUCUCAAGUACACUCUAGAUGGAAGAAUUGAGUUCAAGUUGAGACAUUCAGCUACUGAUUGGGAAGGGCUCCCAACAAGAACUAAAACAAUCAGUUUCAUUCCAUGGGAUACUGUUCCUCAGCUUUAUUCGGCAAGGCUGAAGAUUAAAAAAGAGAAGUAUCAGGAUCUUCAGAACCUCAAGCAUACCAUGGAGAAAGAUUAUCAUAACUUUUAUGAUAACCUACCACAUACCUAA